AUGCUUCCCACGCACAUCGGUGGUGGUAGUGGUCAAGGUGGUGGUGUGAACGCGAAUAAUUUCACGACGAACGAUCCAGAGUCUGGUGGUGGUGGGUUGUCGCACUCGUUUAUAGACGAUAACGAUGAAAAUAAAUAUCGAACGAAAGAGAAGAGUUUCCUCCCCCCCGGAGGGACGCACAUGCGGCAACUUUUUUUAUUUCUCUUCACGCAAAAGAAAGCGAGAGUGGCGUUCGAGGUGGUGCGAUUUUUCGUCGUCGCUUUGUUCUUUCGAUGGCUGGUCGUGAAAGUCGUCUUCGAGGACGGGAACGAGGACGAGGAUCACCCGGGUAGUGUAUUGUCGACAUCAAAAACAGGUGGUGGUGGUAAAAGGUAUAGCAACAACAAUAAGAACACGAACAAAUACCACCACUCUCUCUUGGACGGAGAGGAUAACAUGUUUCCAUUUCCUGAGUACGAUAACUUAGUGAUAGUCACUGGACACUCCGUGUACUCUGGGAGCGAUUACAUGCGCGCUGGAGAGGAAAAUUCGUGGUUUCUAGAAGAGUAUCAGAUGCACGCGGGAACGGCAAACGCUUUGGUCGAACAGAUUAAAGUCGGCGUCGAAACAGCCGCACGAGAUGGAAAGGCAAUUUUAUUGUUUAGUGGUGGUAAAACGAGAAAGUUAGGCGGUCAAGUGAGCGAAGGAUCGUCCUAUUGGCAAGUUUCGCGAGCGUAUAACUGGUUUGGGGAGAUGAGCGUAGAGAAGAGAGCGUUUACGGAGGAGUACGCUCGAGAUAGUUUUGAAAAUUUGAUGUUUUCCAUGUGUCGGUUUUACGAGUUGACGGGGAAGUAUCCGAUGAAAACGACCGUGGUUGGCUACGACUUCAAGCGAGAGCGAUUCGAAGAGCUUCACGCCAAGGCGUUAAAAAUACCAAGCGUAAGGUUUGCGUUCGUCGGAACGCCCGAGGUGAUGUCGUUUAAGAAACAGUUCGUGGAAGGAGAAGUCAAGGUCAGAAGCUUAUUCGAGAAAGAUGCGUACGGGUGCGAAGCUCCGUUAUCUGAAAAGAGAAAACUCAGAGACCCAUUCGCUGUUGGUGCUCCGUACGAAGCGAGAUGUCCGGAAAUGCAAGGUGCCCUGUCGGUGUGUAAGCGUGCAAAAUCGAAAAAGGCGGGUUCGGUAAAAUCUAUGAUCCAGCGAGUAUCGUUGCCUUGGGAGUAA